UAUUUUUCACAUUCUUAUUCUUCUUGGCCCUGAAUGCUCAAUCUCAUAUAAUAUUAGGAGAGGCUUCUGUUCAUGUUACUGAUGGAUGUGCAAGAAUUCAUAAUGAAUUUAUUACAAAUCAGAAAACUAAUUUUAGUUAUAUCGAUGUCAAAGAUUGUUAUGAAAGCUAUCCAUUUGAUAAAGCUGUUGCCUCUAAGACGAUCGAUACAUUAACCGAUCUUAUCGGUGGGUUCUACUCAUUUUUGGAUAAAGCAAAAGAACUUCCACAACCUGGGUAUGACUUUAGACCAAUGGAUUUAAUAGCUGAAUUAAAUCUUUUUCGGAAUAAAUCUUAUGCAACUUUAUAUGAUUUUACAAUCGAUAUUAAACAUCUCUUCAAUGAUUUAAAAGAUGCUCACACAACAUUUAUUUCAAAUUGCUUUGAGACAUUUGUUUUUUAUACAAAUAUGACAUUUUAUUCCGUUGUUGAUGAUGGAAAGCAGAAAAUUAAAGUCUUUAAUGACACUAUUGACCGAUCUAAUAUUGAUUGUGAAGUAACUCAUAUUGAUGGUCAACAAGCAUUCCAAAUAAUUUAUGAAUAUGCCAACAAAUCAGUUUAUUGGUCAAGAGAUCUCGGUGUACGAUUUAAUAUAGCGCUUGAUCAUGCCCAUGCAAAAAAAUCUUUUGCCAUACGUUAUGAGAUACCAGAGAAGCCAGAUAUCACUUACACACUUAAAUGCGAUAACACUAAUGAAUUUAAUGUUAUAAGAAACUGGAAUGCUUUUACUAUUAGUUCAAUUUUAGAUAAGUUUAAUGAUUCAAAAUCCUAUUUUGAUAAUAUUUGUAACCCUAUCAAAGAAAGCAAGCAACCUGUAUCUUUUAACCCCAAGCAUCGAAAAAUUACAAAAAUAAUCGAUAAUGCUAAUGGUAUAUUAGCAAAACAAGACCAAAGUGUAACCACAAUAAGAAUUGUUAAUCAAUUUGUUGAAUUUUACAAAGUGAAAGAUUUUGGUGUUGUAAAAAUAAUUACUGAACAACCCAAUACAUUAACUACAGAUGAGACCAUAGCCAUAUUUCCGAAAGUAAUUCAAGGAUUUAAAGAGCUAGCGAAUGCGGGUAUUAAAAAGGUAAUUAGCAAUCUUGUAUAA